CUCAAUCAGCAACACCACACUGAGUGUUGGCCGGACCCCCAGCAUUUGCAGCGGAUGGUGAGGCCGCCCGAUGGCCUCUCUGCCUCGUCGGGAGUUUGCAAGCUGGCGCUUCAAUGGGAUGCCGCUCAGUGCCUUGGUGGCUAUUGACCCAUCGCUGAGUGAGGUGAGAGUUGUCAGCUGGGCCAGCUGCUGCAGGGCGCGGAAUCGAGCGCCUGGAUCACCAGCCGACGCUACCAGACAGCAGGUGUCGGCCACAGUGGCGGAGAUCUCGGCCUCGAGGCUUUCCGCACCCCGUGUUGAUGAGGUCGAACAAGUCGCGCGCACUCUUCAGCACUGCAUCAGAUGAGGCCAUCGGCGGAUCACCGCUGACCAUCAUCACAUCUUCCUGACACAAAGACGAUCAGAGAGGAGACGGCAGCCAUCCCAUCCCAAGUGUCUUUGCCCUGUUUGCGGCUUCUGUAUCUUGACUCACUUCUGCCUCACCUCCUGAGGCUCUUGGCCCAAGUAAUGUCGUUUCGCCAUCACAACGGCAACACACCACGUGCACCACAGCUGCCCAUCUUCGCCUCAAUCCUGCAGGGCGGCUGACGUUGGGAGAGAGCUCUCACCCCGAGGCACCUCGACGAACCCGAGCACCAGCACCACACAGAAGCACCCAGCCGCACCUACAAUCAAUGCACCAGGGACACCACACAGACAGCACACAGCAGAUGUGGCCGAUGAAGGACGUGUCGGUUCGCUCCGCCUGCCUGACCAGCACCGCACCUGAUGGGACGCAAUAGGGUGGGCCUCUCAACACGCCAGCACACCGACCGACAGUGAAAUAAGCCGGAAGGUGACAACACACGCAUCGAGAGCAUUGUCUCGUAGAUCUCGCUCGUUUAACCCUUCUCCGCUCUCGAACAGGCCUUACAGCGACGCUGGAGGCCGGUAUUUGGUGUGGGAAGGACGUCAGUGCACAGAUCUGAAGAGAAAACAGACUUCAUCA